AGUGUCUCUAGUUCCGACUAGUUCGUCGUUGAAUCUGCCGAGCCUCUUGAGAAAGAACAGACUUCGACUUUCGCAUCUUUCGCUCGUUUACCUAUUUGUCUGUUUGCUCGUUCGUCCUUAAUUGUGAUGAAUUCCGGCGAAUUGCGGCUGAUUGCGAUCAAUUGCGAUUCAUUGCAAUCACGAUAGACAACGUCAAACGGUUAAACGGUUAAACGCUCUGUUUCUGAAUUAUUCGAUCGGGGAAAUGAAAAAAUUUGGAAUGGAGAUUUCGGAGCAUCAUCACCGAACUCGUCCUUCGUCUGCUUAUUGAUAAAAACAUUUGUGUUUUGUUGUCAUUCGUGAUAUUUUUUUUGGCGCGUUUAAUAUCGUACGUAAACAUAACACAAAUGCGAUGACCAAUGUUUCUGGAUGUAUUGAAGAUAUUAACUGUAAGAACAGUGAUAAUGGAUACCUUAUUUACUCAAAAUAUCCCUGAUGAAGCAGAAGACAUACCGCAAACAGAUGAGCCAGUCUGGAUUCUUGGCAGAAAAUACAACGCUAUAAAAGAGCUCGAUGUGAUACGCAGAGAUAUUCGAUCUAAACUAUGGUUUACUUAUCGCAAAGGAUUUGUUCCUAUUGGUGGCUGCAACUCUACGUUUACAAGUGAUAAGGGUUGGGGUUGUAUGUUGAGAUGUGGACAGAUGGUUCUGGCUCAAGCUUUAAUUUCAUUACAUUUAGGUAAAGAUUGGCAGUGGAUGCCAGAAACAAAAAAUAACACAUACCUAAAGAUUUUAAGACGCUUUGAGGACAAAAGAGCUGCUGCUUUCUCUAUUCAUCAGAUUGCAUUGAUGGGUGCAUCUGAAGGAAAAGAAGUUGGACAAUGGUUUGGUCCUAAUACCAUUGCACAAGUAUUAAAAAAAUUAAUUGUAUAUGAUGAGUGGAGUUCCCUCACUAUACAUGUUGCACUAGACAAUACACUAAUAAUUAAUGAUAUCUUGAGGCAAUGCAGAGUAGAGGGUGGUGUAACAGCAGAAGCAGAUGGAGAAAUUCCUCUGAAGGCACCUAGCCAGUGGAAGCCUUUAUUAUUAUUAAUUCCUUUGCGCCUUGGACUUAGCGAAAUUAAUCCUGUAUACAUUAAUGGACUUAAGACAUCAUUUAAGAUCUCACAAUCUUUGGGAGUGAUUGGAGGAAAGCCAAAUCUUGCUUUGUAUUUUAUAGGCUGCGUAGGAGAUGAAGUGAUCUACUUGGAUCCACAUACCACACAGAGAUCAGGUAGCGUCGAAGACAAGAUUAGCGAAGAAGAAAUUGAGAUGGAUAUUACAUAUCAUUGUAAAUCAGCUAGUCGUAUUCCUAUUAUUGGAAUAGAUCCUUCAGUGGCGCUUGUUAGUAUAUAAUUUGAUUUUUAUGAAAGAGAGACAUAAAAAGCUACAGAUUUGCUUUAAACAGGAG